GUGUGUACAGUAGCGUGGCAGCGGCACUGUCCCGAAGCUUUGAAUACCUUUGACUGUUUCUAACUGAAGCUUUGAAGCCCCAAAAAAAAGGUAUUUAGGACAGCCCUGAUUAUAACUCUCCUAGUUUCUCAACCUGCAGUCCAAAAGACACACUCACUGUCAAACGUGGACCUGCACAGGAUAGUUUCCAUCAUAACACUGCCGAUAAAAUUCCCUGAAGACUCACAGAAUGACUCCUCUCUUUACAGAAUCAUUCCUCUAAAAACUAUAAAUAAAAAUAAUCAGCUUUUUGCAUUUCCAAAGGCUGGUAAACCCCAACAAAACAGUCGGGAGUACUACUUUUAUUUUCUUGAAUACAGAAGGAAGUUUCAUAAAACGGAUGUAAAAUCAAACGCCCUGUAACCACCAGCAGCACGUGUUUUGCAGCUUCAUUUACAUGGAAACAGAAACCUAGAAUGUGUUACACCUACUCUCCCACAAACACAGAGAUCAGAUACCUGACGGCAGCAGACUGACAGCAGCAGACUAAAUCAGGAUGAUGAAGAUGUCAGGAAGAGUCACCAGUUGCUGUGUAGCUCUGUUCUUUGUCCUGAACUCUGUGUCGGCUGUACAGAAAAAGCUCCAUUCAAUCAACGAUUUGAAGAAAAUCAACUUUGGCCAAUCUGUGCCCAAACACAGUCUGCUGCUGCUCCACUGGUUUGCCAACACAGUUGACAUUGACGAGAAUGAUGUCAUAAGGGUGGCUUUUGACCCAAACAGUAGAGCUUAUGGCUCACAUCAGUAUCACAACUUUGAGGGCCUGUUGGACCGACUGGAUCGAGGAAGUGGAUACCGGUACUACACUGUUGGCAGUCUCAAUCAAGGAACGACCAUGCAACUUCCUUCUUAUGUUGUCCGUCCCCAAAGGGAGUAUGUGGGAACAAACAGUGACAGGAUCAUAAUUCGUGCCAGGGAGCAGAACAUAGGAGGGCAAGCUUUGCAGAGGAUAGACCAAGUUUAUAUCACACAACAUAUUGAAAAUCAGGGGGAAUAUGAUCCAGAUCAGACCUACAGGAUCACUACUAACCUCCUGAGACAGAUCAGACAGUUUUCUGUGGGACAAAACCAACAGCAACUGUUGCAACUCAGAAACCGCUAUGCAAGUAACGCUGAUGAGUUGCACAUCAGAAACACAUGGGGUGACCUUGCUUGCCUUGGACUGCUGUUGUUUAUUGUGAUCCAGGAAAAGUACUCCACUAGCCAACGAAACAACAGACCACAAAACAACCACACACCACAAAACAGACCAGAAACCAACUACAAACCACAAAACAACAGACCAGAAAACAGAAGAACUCAUUUGGAUGAUGAUGAUUCGGAGAGUGAGCGCAAUGUUCCUAGAUAUUUUCGAAACCAAGGUCAUGUUGUAGUGGAUAUAAACUACGAUGAAGACCAGGAAGCCAGCAGGAGGACUGGGAACCGAGAAUCAGGCCUUAACAACACCUCAGUGCCUCUGAACAACAACCGGCGGUCAUUUUGUUGUAUUUGUUGCAUUGCCUCCAUAUGUGUAAUUUCAUUGUGUGCUAUAUUACUUUUUAUUUUUUUGUAUAAAUGGAACAUAAAAUGAGAUAAAACUUCAUCUCGAGGGAAACUGCUGUGCAGUAGUUGCAAUACAAAAUGGGAAGAGUGCAAAUAUAAAAAGUGCAAAUAUUAAAGUCGAAGAUCACAAUAACAACUGGAAUGGCACGCGGAGAGCGCAGACCUCCGCCAAGGCAGGUUUCAUGUACGUCGCUGCGCCCCUCCAUGAUAUUGUAGUUUAUGUCCCCUUAUGUCCCAUGAGUAAGUUGUGAGGAGUUGAGUUGCAAUGAUGGAAAAUCUGAUGGAUACAUGAAAGACAUUAAUCCAGAGAGAAAAGAAGAAGGAGAAAACAGAGUGUGUGAGAGAGAGAGAGAGAGAGAGAGAGAGCGAGAGAGAGAGAGAGAGAGAGAGAGAGAGAUAGUGUUCAGUUAAGAUUGAGGUAUAAGCUUCUGUGUAAAGGCCAAAUUCUUUAAAUUACCCAUCUCAAAGCAUGUGCUAUGGAAGGCAGGCAUAACAGCAGGAAUUCUUCUUUGUUACAAAUAUAUUUGAACUGAGCAAAAUGUUUUUUAUUGUAUAUUAAAAUGUACUGCUCUGGCAUGGUCAUAAAGCUUCAGGUUUCAUUCAGGCAACAAUGUCAUGCUCCAGCAUGUAUAAUCUACUAGUAAUGACUCACUGCUGAUUCAUCCUGUGUCUGAUACAGAUGAAGACGAUGUACUGUAAAUUGCUCUGAUGGAUAAAUGAAACUGAUAUGUGAAAGUCACUGUGGUCUGUUAAGAGCAGCCUUCACUGAUAAUAUAUUAGCUCAAAGAAACAGGAGUGUAUUUCAUUUAUGGUUUUGUAUUCUUUCUGUUGUGCUUGAAAUUGUGUCAAUUAAACUUGAAUUUAUCAGUCA